CAAAAAAUCCAUCACUAACAAAGCGUCACCGUCACCGCCGUUUUUCCUUCCGCUGUUUUCCCUUCAUCCCCCGAUGAAUACUUCUGACCGUCCCCGGCCAUACGAGCCAGGGCUCAUCAAGUACGGCUCCGCUCCCCCCAUCAUCAAAUCAUGGCUACCAACAACUACAACAACAACGCGAUGCGUCGCCGGUCAAAACCAACCACCCCAGCUCCGCCACGUCACCACCAGCCCCACCCGAAACCCUACUCUCUACCUAGACUAUCCCUACCUCCACGACUCCACCACCGUCGUCGAAGCUGCCUCCUCAGAAACGCCAGAUGCUUCGACUUCGGCAGUGGAGGACGCAGAAAUUAACGUCCGCCAGUGGACUUCGUACAGGAGGUGUUUCCUGAGGCACGACCCGACGGCUUGGUUGACCAACCCGGACCAAGAGCUUCCCACCGAGCACCCCUACUACCCGAAUCUUUGCGGCAGCUUUCUUCGCCCCCCGGAAGGGCCUAGCUCGGGCCUCAUGGUGGACCACACAGUCUCGCUCGCCGUGUACAGGAAUAAAAGCGUUUCGGUCUGGCACGAGUGCGUGGUGCCAGACCCGUUCGACCCGGAGAAGAAGCCGAUGGAAUUCACGAGCGCGCUCAGCUUCCGAGGCAAUCACUACGCGAUGAGCUUGCAGGGAGCGCUUGCGGUGAUGCAGGUGGUUGACACGCGCCUCACGAUCACGGCUGUGGCGACUGGUAGAGGCGUCCCGAGAUCCAAAUGUAGGUUUUUUAAGGAGUAUUUGUGCGAGAUGAAUGGGGAGAUCUUGUUGGUUUUGUUGAUUCACCGGGAAACUCUUGCGGUUGUGGAUGAUGUUGAGGUUUUGAGGCUGGAUUUGGUGAGGAUGGACUGGGUUAAGGUGGAGAGGCUGCCGGGGAAGGCGGUGUUUUUAGGCGAGUACUGUAGUUGGGUGGAUUCGGAAGAAUUUGGGUGCAUGGAUGAUCGUGUGUACUUCAUGGAGGGAUCGGAGAAUGUCUGGAAAGUGUAUAACAUGACAACUUGUUCCAUUUCACUUGUUCCGGCUGGAUGGAGUUGGGACCCACUCGUUGGACCGUGAACUGAUAGCUUUGGCGGUUGGUUCAUAGUUUUUAAGAUUAUUGUUUAUGGUGAAUAAUUGAUGUCUUAAUCGUGUUUCGGUUGGUUCAUAGUUUUUAAGAUUAUUGUUUAUGGUGAAUAAUUGAUGUC